AUGAGGUCUCUGAGCGACUGCUCAGACAUAUCUGAGUCAAAGAGCAGUUAUGGCCUCUCACAGAUCUCUGUGUACAAGGGCCAGAGUAACAAAAAUCUACAUGUUGGAUUGAGCCAACCAGGAAGCUUCUAUGAGAGGGCCUCAGACAUGUUUCAGCUAGAGGAGGAUGAGGGGAAGGAUGAGAGAGAGAGACAAGGGGGUGAUCCAAAAGAUCAUUUGCUAAGAGACUCAGAGAGCUCUUCACAUAAGGAUGUGGGAAAUGACACUUACUUGAUGAGUCUGUCAGGGGAAAACUCAAUGAUGUCAGGACAGAGUGUAAAUCGGAGACAACUGGAAAGUGUCCUGAAAGUACACCUGAGCAAAAAGUUUGAGGAAAUCAGUGAAGGUCAGCUCCCAGGGACUGUGCAUAGUUCACGGCACACGAUCGGGCAGACUCCUGUGCAGCCCCACCCCGAAACAGCACGGAGCAGUGGGCCAGCCCCAGUGGGUGGGGGCUGCCACCUGAGUACAUGCCAGGAGCUUUCCUUCCUUCAGUCCAGCGCUCAGCAGAGGCUGGAAGCCCACAUGACUGAGUUUCGUACAAGGAUGUUGCAGGGCCUUCCCCCCAUAGUCCGGAAGUCCAUAGAGACCUUUAAAUUGAGAGAUACUUCACACCCUUCCUUGAUUGAUCCCAAGUCUUCCUCUUCAACCGACCUGGUUUCUGAGGUGAGCUCCGAAUCUGGGGGCUUCACAGCCCUGAGAGGAAACUCUAAAUCCCCCCACGUGGACAGAGAGGGACCAGAGAAUUCAGCCACCAUCCUGCAUCUUCCUCUCCCUGCCGCCCCACUUGUGGACAAGGAAGGACAAGGGACCCUGACAAAUUCACCCUCUGAUAUCAGACAAGGACUUUCAGAAGAACUACAAAAGAUUCUGAAUGCCAAAAAGACUCUUCUGCCUGUCACAAACAGUACCAUUAGCAAAACAAGUGAGAGACGUACUCCGAGACCCAACAUUCGACCCCCAACGCUGCCCACAGUGCAAGCAGGGACCGGGCAUGAGCUGAAGGACAAGACUGUGAAUGCCAGUGACAGAGCAGAAAUACUACAGGGCACAAACGGGGAGAAGUCAGAACCUGCUUCCAUGCCCACCGUGUCCAGGGAGACAGUUAGGGCCGAGGAGCUCGAUGCUCUUCAAUCCAAAUCUAGUGACCUCUUAACAACCAGCAAACCAGAAAUUUCCCAAAAGAUAAAUGUGGAUGAGAAUAAAGGAGAAACUGCUGUGACCACUGAAGAGUCCCCACCAGAAAUGUCAGUUCUCCAAGAUCCCAAAUUAUCAGAUGUACAGAAGCAACUCAUUGAUGAGUUAAAGGCUAAACUGGAGAAGGGGAACCACAGCCAGGCCCAAGGCCAACCCACUGACACGCACCAUGACUCGGACAGCUUGACUUGCAAAGCCUCCCUGUCUCCCGCUCAGGAUGUCUCCACUGUGGACACGGGAGCUGUCCAGGUGCUGCAUGUCCAUUUGGAGGACAGAGGAGUCAGUAUGGAGCACAGGCAGGAACCUUGGGUUCCUAAGCACGUCUUGAGGAUUUGUGAGGAUAAGCGUUUCCCAUCAGCUGUAAAGAAAGUGAGCCCCGCAGGCUCCCGAUCAGAAGAGCUUGGAGGAGGAGAUGCAGGGUUGAGAAGUGGAGGAGAUGCAGGGUUGAGGCCUUCCCAAGCUAGAAGGAAGAGAUUUCCUUCUCAGGGCACAGCAUUAGAGGAGAUGCUUGGUGGCAAGCCUCCCCAGACCCUGCCACAGAAGGGACAAUCUCCUGACAGCCUUUUCAUAAGUAAAAUGAAGACCUUUUUCCAAUGGCUUCAUCCCGAGAGAAAACUCACAGAGCAAGAACACUCCCAGAACAAGGGCAGGCCCAUAUCAUCUGCACAGAGCAGAGGCCCAGUCAAAAGUAGAACCCUCUUUCCUGGGAGGAUGAAGGUUCAGAGAGUCAGGUCUGACAUUGGGAAGUUCCCAGAAGAGAAACAGAGGCGUCGGCAUGCAGUCGAUACCACCUGCCCUCAGGAGCCCCUUCCCUCUGCAGUGGAGUUCGGGAAAGCUCAGCAGAAGGCAGCAGUGGGGGCCUGGGCAGAGCCUGUCCAGGGGCAUCCAUUCCGCUCCAGGACUCCCUCCUGUAAAGUGACAAAUACCAAGUCCGGCCGCCAAGAAGCCAUCUUCGCUGGCCAGAGCUCUGCAAGUAGUAGACAGACCAGAAACAAGGGCGGACACCCCCAGAAAGUUGUGGUAUUAAAGGAUCAGCAACUAUGUCAGAAGCACCCCCAGUCUGUGCCCCGCAGAGGGACUGUGCCCCGUCCAAGCCCCACCUACAGGCCUCAAGCUGCCCAGGGACCUCCUGCUGCUCUCACCACUGCUGAAGGCACUGAGUUCAGAGAUCAGUCUCCACGACUUAGACCAAAAACGCUUCCCCAAAUUUUCCAGGGGAAAAAAAUUCCCAAAGUUCCCACAGCCAAAUAA